AUGAACUGUUCGCGGAGCUGCUUGCGCCUCUUGUUGGGAAUAUUUUCUCUCGGAAUCACAAACCGUUCUCUUGGCGGCACGUUCUCUCCUAUCUCGUGCAUUUCGCCGUCCACCACCCACCACUCAGACUUAUCGUCAGUCUUUUUCAGCAUAGACGAUGGCGAGAAUUUGGACCGUCGGCGCCUUGGGCCAGAAUCGGCAUCGGUUCGGGCAGUUCGGAGUUGGAAGGCGGCAAAUUGGAGUUGGCUGAGGCCCCGAGCUCUUCUCGUGAGCGAGAGCAUCGGAAAUUGCUGCAAAGAUGCACUGUUAAGGGGUUCAAAGGUACAAAAAGGGGCACUUGGUUACGACUUACGAGUGGUAGGGUGA